AUGUCGUUGCAGGUCUCAGUCACGUUCAAGGAUGUGGCUGUAAGAUUCAAUCAGAAGGAGUGGGAGCAGCUGGGCCCAGCUCAGAGGGCCCUCUACAGAGAUGUGAUGCUGGAGACCUAUAGGAACCUGCUGUCUAGCACAUAUCUUAUUGCACACAAGAGGGCUCAUACUGGAGAAAAACCUUAUGAGUGUCACCAAUGUGGAAAACACUUCAGCUACCAGUCCUCUCUCGUUAGGCAUCGUAAAUUUCACACUGGAGAGAAACCUUAUGAAUGCUUAGAAUGUGGGAAAUCCUACUUUGAGAAAUCACACCUCAUUGUCCAUCAGAGAAUCCAUACAGGAGAAAAACCAUACGAAUGCAAUCAAUGUGGGAAAGCUUUCAUUUCAAUAUCAGUUUUUGUACAACAUGUCAGAACUCAUACUGGUGAGAAGCCCUAUGAAUGUAAUAAAUGUGGGAAAAGGUUCACCACCAGUUCGGAACUUACUAUACAUCAGAGACGUCAUACUGGGGAAAAGCCCUAUGAAUGUUCUGAAUGUGGCAAAGCCUUCACUAGCAGCUCCUGUCUUAGGCUCCAUGGGAGAACCCACACAGGAGAGAAGCCUUACCAGUGUGGUCAGUGCGGGAAGUCCUUCUCCCAGAAUGGACAGCUCACUGCACACUGGAGAACACAUGCUCAGGAGCGAAGCCUUUAA